AUGAAACAAGAAUUUGAAAUGAGUAUGGUUGGGGAGCUAAGUUACUUCCUUGGUCUUCAAGUAAAGCAAACUAAUUGUGGGUUGUUUAUCUCUCAAUCAAAAUAUGCCAAAGACCUUGUGAAGAGAUUUAGUUUGGACAGUAAGAAACACACAAGGACACCCAUGAGCACAAAUGUUAAGUUAGGACAUGAUCCUACAAGUAAGAGUGUUGAUCAGACUGUGUAUAGGAUGAGGCGCAUUAUUAGAUAUGUCAAUGGGACAGUAGAUCAUGGGAUCUUGUAUUCCAAAGAGUCCAAUCUAGAACUAGCCGGCUAUUUUGAUGUCGAUUGGGCUGGAAACGCCGACGAUAGAAAAAGUACCUCGGGUGGAUGUUUCUAUGUUGGUUCUAAUCUUGUCUCCUGGAUGAGUAAGAAACAAAACUCAGUCUCCUUGUCCACAGCCGAGGCAGAAUGCAUUUCAGCUGGUAGCUGUUGCACUUGA